UCUUUAGUGUGUCACAUGCAGCAAGUCUUUUAAGAAGUUAUGGUCGUUGCAUGAGCACAUAAAGAUUGUCCAUGGGUAUGCGGAGAAAAGGUUCUCGUGUGAAAUCUGUGAGAAGAAGUUCUACACUAUGGCUCACGUUCGCAAGCACAUGGUUGCUCACACGAAGGACAUGCCAUUUACCUGCGAGACGUGUGGGAAGUCAUUUAAACGCAGCAUGUCUUUAAAAGUUCACUCACUCCAGCAUUCUGGAGAGAAACCUUUUCGUUGUGAGAACUGUGACGAGCGAUUCCAGUACAAGUACCAGCUGCGCUCCCACAUGAGUAUUCACAUUGGACAUAAGCAGUUCAUGUGCCAGUGGUGCGGCAAAGACUUUAACAUGAAACAGUAUUUUGAUGAGCACAUGAAAACACACACAGGAGAGAAGCCUUUCAUUUGUGAGAUCUGCGGGAAGAGCUUCACCAGUCGGCCCAACAUGAAGCGCCACCGUCGCACCCACACUGGUGAGAAGCCGUACCCCUGCGAGGUUUGUGGCCAGCGCUUCCGCUUCUCCAACAUGCUCAAAGCACACAAAGAGAAGUGUUUCCGGGUCACCAGCCCUGUGGUUCUACAGACCAGCGGUUCAGCCGUGCCUCUCGGUAUCUUUGCCAACGCCUUCUCAUCCUCUCCUGGCCACGGACCCUCAGCUCCCUCCCCAGCCGGCACCUCGGUGCCGCAGGGCCUCAGCCCCUCAGGAGGGCCCAUGACUCAGCGAGGCCCAGUCGGACACACGUUCUCUCGUGUGCAGCAUCACUCGUCCCACUCUCACCACCAUUCCCACCUUGCAACAGCUCAGCAGCACCUUUCAACAGCACCCCAGCAUGCACCGCCCCACUCCCACCACCAUCUUACUGUGCCUGCAGUACCCCCUCCCCCUCCACCAGCCCUUUUUAAGAGUGAGCCCCUAAACCACUAUGGGCAUGAAGACAGCAGCUAUCUGCACCACAUGGGCCCCCCUGAAAAGGGCUCUGGAGCCUCACAGCACCUCUGAACUGUGCUGCAGGCUCGUACCAAACCUCGC